AUGGAGGACAGAAGUCGGCCUAUGGAAGUCAAUGAAGUUGUAUUAGUCAAUGAAGUAGACUUAGGUGAUGAUACAACUACUCAUUCCAUUACCCUUGGAGCUGCUGGCAGUGGAAAUGCACCAGACCAAUCAGUAACUGUAGAUACUCCUCAUUUCGAUCCCCCAACUGUAAGAACUACUAGUCCUACUGUUUCUCACACUGUGGGUAGUGUUCCUACUCCUGGUGAUGUUAGUACUAGUACUAGUGUAUUUGAGAAGAAACAGAGGCAAAAGACUUCUAAAGUUUGGGAUGACUUCUCUCAAGUUGAAGUUUUAGGUGUAAAAAAAUCUCAGUGUAAUUGGUGUAAAAGGCUGUUUGCUGUUUCCAAAUCUAGUUCUACCUCAACACUUGGUAGGCAUUUGGUAGCUUGUGUGAAGUAUGUGGAGUCCAACAGUAAGAAGCAAAAGGUUUUGACACGUGAUCGUGGUGAGCUAGGUGGGGGGGCUAGUUUGACAAAUUUUUCUUUUAGUGAGAAGAGGGUUAGGGAACUCGCUGUCCACAUGGUGCUCUUCCACGAGUACCCUUUUAACAUGAUGGAACAUGAACUUUUUAACAAGUUUAUGAAGGUAUGCACGCCCCAUUGGAAAAAGAUCAGUCGUGCAACUUUGAAAAGUGAUUGCAUAACUAUAUACCUUAGUGAGAAGAAGAAGAUUAAAGCAAUGCUUGGUGGGAUUGAGAAGGUAAACAUAACAACUGAUAUUGGUGUUGUUAUUGCUGAUGCCCUUAGGAAGUGUUUCAUAGAAUGUGGCAUUGAGGAUAAGGUAUUAACAAUAACAGUUGAUAAUGCAAGAGCAAAUGAUUCUGCCAUUAGAAUCAUUAAAGAUGAUUUUGAGUUGAGGAAUGAGCUGGAUGUUGGGGGUCGGUUAUUCCAUGUGCGAUGUUGUGCGCAUGUGACAAAUUUGUUGGUGCAAGCAAGGCUUGCUGAAAUUGGAGACAUUGUUGAUUCUGUUAGGCAAGGAAUAAAGUAUGUGGUUGCUUCAGAGGGAAGGUUGAAAGAGUUUAGUGAAAUAGCUAAACGUUUGCAUUUGCCAUCUAAGAAACUGGUUCUAGAUGUCCCUAGCUACACGUUGGAACAUUCAAAGAAGUGUUCCCAAGAUAUCACCAAGUUGAUCAAGCAUUUUAGUGGGUUGUGA